AUGGGAAGAGGUAGAGUUGAGCUGAAGAGGAUAGAGAAUAAAAUUAACAGGCAAGUGACUUUUGCCAAGAGAAGAAAUGGGCUGCUCAAGAAAGCUUAUGAGCUCUCAGUUCUCUGCGAUGCUGAGGUUGCCCUCAUUAUUUUCUCCAGCCGUGGCAAACUUUAUGAAUUCUGUAGCAGUAUGAGCAUGCUGAAAACGCUUGAAAAGUACCAAAGGUGCAGCUAUGGCUCCCUGGAAGCCAACAGACCAGUCAAUGAUACUCAGAAUAGCUAUCAGGAAUAUCUGAAGCUGAAAGCCAGAGUGGAGGUCCUCCAACAAUCUCAGAGAAACCUUCUUGGGGAAGAUUUGGCCCCACUGAACACGAAGGAGCUUGAGCAGCUUGAGCAUCAAUUGGAGGCAUCCUUGAACCAAAUUAGGUCAACAAAGACUCAGUUUAUGCUUGAUCAGCUUUGUGAUCUCCAGAACAAGGAACAAAUGCUAGUUGAAGCUAACAAAGCCUUGAGGAGGAAGCUGGAAGAAACUAGUGGGCAAGCUCCACCUCCAUUGGCAUGGGAAGCUGCUGGCCAUGGCAACAACGAUGUUGAGCAUACUCGCCUUCCUCAUCAUCCUCACUCACAAGGCUUCUUCCAUCCAUUGGGAAACAACUCCACUUCCCAAAUUGGAUACACCCCUUUGGGUUCCGAUCAUCAUGAACAAAUGAAUGUUGGAAAUCAUGGCCAACAUGUGAAUGGAUUCAUUCCUGGGUGGAUGCUUUGA